AUGGCGGGAUCACAAAAAGCUCCUGUAAAGCGAGGUGGAAGAUACUGUGUUUGUGGUGGCCCUGGUGGUGUUAGUUGCAAAAAUUCUACGCACACACCAGGCAUAAUUAUGCAUAAAUUUCCUUCGGAUAAAACAAGACCGGACGAACGAAGAUUGUGGACAAAAUUUGUGAGAAGACACCGCACAAAUUUCUCACCCACACAAUACUCCGUUGUGUGUUCUGCGCACUUCGAGCCCUCGUGUUAUCCGCAGAGCUUUUCUCUGGAUAUCCCAGAACAUCUCAGACCAAAAGCGAGAUAUUUAAAGCCAGAUUCUCUCCCAACAAUGGAUGCUGUUCCGCUGGUGACGGAUAAAUUGAAACCAACACCAGUUUCAAAGCGUCAAAACCGAAUGGUAAAUAUGAUAUCUCAAUAUGAUGUAUCUAUAUAUAUAUAUAUAUAUAUGUGUGAAUAUGUUUAUAAGGAUCUGAUUGUUUGUGUGCUGUUCUCUUGUGUUGCAUAUAUGUUUCAAGAUUAUGAUCACCAAGAUAUGAUUUAAAUGUAAUAUGCAAAUACAGUAUCUGUGUUUUAUUUAUAUAUAUAGCGUGCACGUAAUAUUCGCCAACUGCUUGACUUCUCGUCUGGUUCUGGGUCAAUGGCAAACUCUGCAAGUGACAUGGAUAUCGACGAUACAGUAUUGGAUGUAGGUGAUAUUGUUGUUUCACAAAGUGCCAACAACGAGCAAGAACCUGAAGUUAUUAUACCAGAAGAGAUAGAAAAAAAUGACCAAUCGUUUGCAAGCGCUUCGUCGAACGACUUUAAUGUUUUGGCUAUGUCACCGUGCUCAGGUUGUGCUGAAAAGAAGGAAAAAAUUAUUUCCCUACAAAAAUUGAAGUCUGGCCAGAAAAAGCGCCUGAAAAGGCGCACUGAAACAAUUCGUGACUUGAAGUUUGAAAUCAGACAUCUGGAGGCGGUAAGUUAACAAUAUCGUACAUGUAGUGUGUAUUUAUACUAAAUAGUGGAAAGAAUUAUACCAAAAUAUCUUUUAAGCUGAAAUAAGUCUAGAGUGGUUUGUUUUGAAACUACAAGAUGAGGGGCCCAAACAGAAUGUAGUUGAUGAGCACGUGCCAUUUGUUUGGGUUUAUAUAUUUAUAGUUAUUUGUAAUUUUUUACCCGCAACUUGCACAAAAGGAUGAAAUGGUUGUGAACAAUCCAGUGAGUGAUGAUGCCGAAAACCCAUCUGCUUGUGAUGUUAGCAUGGAUGAAGAUUCAUCUUCAGAUUAUGAUGAUGAUAAUAAUAGUGAUGCGAGUGUUCACGAUGAUGACCCUGAUUGGGAGUAUGAUGCUAUGCAUCAGACGAUGACGAAGUAG